AUGAAACUGACCUGUGAAUCACCAAAUCCAAGUAAGAAAGAACAUAACAAGGCAACAGAUGGUAGUGGAGGGGUCAAGUACGCUGAAGUAAUUAAAGAAGAGAAAAGUGAAAGGGAUUUGUCAAUGAUAUUCGUCUCACCAAUGUCAGUUGUGUCGCCUAGAUUUGCAUUAUUUGGCAAGUUCAAGAAGAUAAAAAAGAAUGCAAUGACAUGUACGAUAAAUCCAAGAAUCACAAUAGGAUCGCGUCCAAUUUUAUUUGAUGUUCUAGCUCCAAGUAAUCCAAACAGGACACCACCAGAAACUUCACCAACUCCAAUGAAAAUUCCUGAUAAGCCAACAAGUUGUUUGGCAGAUUCACCAAUGGCUUGA